AUUGUCAUACUGUCCUGUCCACACUUUUACAUCAGACAAGUUCCUCCUGCUUACCACUGAGUAGACGAUAAGUGUCUGUUUUGAGCUCUUACCCAACUCAGUGGACGCUACCUGCUUCAACUGAGUGACUUCAGGCAUGAGGAAACGUCUGGUGCAGAUACUUGGCUUCUUGAGUUCAUCACUGGGAUGGACGUUUGUGCUGUGCACCAUGGCCAUGGACUAUUGGAGAAUCUCCCAAUUAGGAGGACAAGGAGGCUCCUUCAUCAUUAAGGUGGCCUGGUACUGGUCCAACCUAUGGAAGGAUUGUUUCACUGAUUCUACAGCUGUCACCAACUGUAGAGAUUUUGGAGUGCUCUGGGCUGUCACUCCUUUCGUCCAGGGAGUGCGAGGAUUGCUAAUGUGCGGGUUAACUCUUGGAUUCUUUGCCGUGGUACUUUGCUUUCUUGGGAUGGAGUGCACUUAUAUAGGUGGAGCAGAAGAAACCAAGGACAAAAUGGUUCUUGCCGGAGCAGUGUUUCACUUAGCUGGUGGAGUGUCAGAUAUUGCUGCCUACUGCUUAUACAUCAACAGGGUUGCCAGAACAGCCUUUGCUACUAGUGUGCCACCAGGAGUCUUGCGGUAUGAUCUAGGACCUCCCAUAUUUCUUGGAUUGGUGGGGUGUUUUCUCAUCUAUUUAGGGGCUGUAUUUUAUGCUGUGACAGUCUGUCAAGUAAUCUUCCCAGAAAGUAAAGUGGUACAUGCCUAUGGAGGAGGAGGCACAUACAUGGUUCCUCGCUCGAGAGGACGAACGUACACUGGAUACUACAGACCCUCUAGGCAGUAUGGAUCUUAUCUAGGCUCAAGACAAUCCAGGAGCUCCAGGAUCUCAAAGAUCUCUCAGACAACACCGACAAAAAUCUCAGAGAGAGAUGCAUUUGUGUAGUAUCUUAAACCUUUUUUCUUUUUUUUCUUUUUUUUUUUUACAUUUUUCACAUACUUUUAUUUUGACACACAAUAUACAAAUAUAAAGGUAUAGAUAUAGGAUCUCAAAAUAUGAUUAAUUGACAAUCAGCAUAGCUCAUACUGUUGAUGAAAAUAGCUUUCUCUUAAGUGCACCAUAUGUAUAUUUUGUUGUUGUUGUUCUCAUUCACUUGUUUUUGUCAGAUCAAACUCUUUAUAAAAUGUACUGCCUUGUGUUUACUCUUCAUUUAUUUACUUUGUUGAAAUUUAACCAAAAGGUGUAUUACAACUGGGAACAUCACCGGAAUUAAUAAAAAAAAAAAUGUUGUACAUAGAAUGAG